AUGUAUUUGUAUGGUAUUAUCAAUGAAGACCAGGAGACCCAACUAUUGGCCGCUUUUGAGGCAAAAAACAAGUGCGCACUUAAGCCCUUCCCAAGUAUAAUGUCUCCGAUUACGGCUUGGGAAAAACUUCAACAGAAUCUACAUGGAGAAGACUUUCAUCAGAUUUAUAAUGAUCAUUUUCCAAUUGAAGUGAGGCAGUUGUUAUCCCCAUGGUUUGAAACUAAAGCUUGGACUGAUAUCGAUCCAGAUAAUUUAGAGCAUGAAGGUUAUAUUAAAGGUUUAUUUGUGUCUUUUGUGGAUGAAUUAGUAUCUAAAGCUAAUUCUAUGGUAACUAAUGAACAAUUCGUCAGUAAACUAAAACUAAUUGAUACAGCAAAAUUAUAUAAAGAGAAGUACUCUCAAAACCCAAAAGAGUUGAUAAGAAUAAUUAAAAAGUGUUUGGAAUCAGAAUCCUUAAUGGCUCAACAAAAUAAUUCUCUAAUGGAAGUCAAUGUAAAAUCUUCCCAAGAAUUAGAAAACAUUGAAAUUACGCAACAGAUGGACUUGAUAAGUAACCAUAUUACGCAUACAAAUGAGAUUCGCAUUACAAUCCAAUCAGACAUUGAUUCUUUUAAUAUUUUGUACUCUGAAUGUACAAAAUGUUCUCAACAUCUACAACAUAUGAGAAAUCAAAGAAUGAGCAUUCCUCAAGGACCCGAAAUUGAACGUAAAUUAAAACAGGAAAAAGAAUUGUAUGAAGGACAAUUGAAGACUCAAUCAUUAAGUCUUAACAAUGCUCUUUGUGUCUACAUAAACAAACUUAACGAAUCAUUAAAUUUGCUCAGUCCUGUUCAAGCUCAUAUUAUUGAUAAGGCAUUAAUUCAGUGGAAACGUGAACAACAGUUGGCUGGUAACGGAUAUAAAUACAUGAAAGAUAUAGAUGUCAUACAAACUUGGUGUGAGAAAUUAUGUGAUUUAAUAUGGAUAACACGUUCACAAAUUAAAGAAGCUGAUCGUUUCAGAGUGAAUUUGGGUCGUUAUUUUGAAUUACCUCAGUCGUGUGAAAUAAUUAAUACUCUUCUUGAUAUGACAACACAAUAUCUUUCAUCAUUAGUGGCAAGUACUUUUGUUAUCAUAACUCAACCACCUCAAGUAUUAAAAACUAAUACAAGAUUUGUAGCUGAAGUUCGUCUAUUAAUUGGAGGAAAACUCAAUAUUCAUAUGACAUCACCUGUGGUUAAAGUAUCUAUAGUCAGUGAAUCUCAAGCGAACCAAAUAAUUGGAAGAAAUAAACCAGAUGGAGAAUCUUGUGGUGAAAUAUUAAACUGCACUGGAAAAAUGGAAUAUCAACCAGUGCAGAGACAUUUGUCAACCAAUUUCCGAAGUAUGCAACUAAAGAAAAUUAAGCGCACUGAAAAAAAAGGCACAGAAUCUGUUAUGGAUGAAAAAUUUUCAAUUUUAUUUUCUUCCAAAUUUUUCAUUGGUAAUGAACUCCAAUUUGAGGUGUGGAAUUUGUCAUUACCUGUGGUAGUUAUUGUGCAUGGGAAUCAAGAUCCUCAUGCUUGGGCUACUGUAACUUGGGAUAAUGCUUUUGCUGAACCUGGCCGUGUUCCAUUUAAUGUUCCCGACAAAGUACCGUGGAGAAAUGUGGCAGAAGCUUUAAACAUGAAGUUUUCUGCAGCUACAGGUCGUGGUCUCUCAGAAGAAAGCUUGACAUUUUUGGCAGAAAAAGCUUUUAGAAUGCAAAAUGUGGAUUUUAAUCAUAUGGUUUUGUCAUGGUCACAAUUUUGUAAAGAACCAUUGCCACAAAGAAGUUUCACAUUUUGGGAAUGGUUUUAUGCCGUGAUGAAAAUAACUAGAGAACAUCUAAAAGGUCCUUGGACUGAUGGUGCCAUUAUGGGAUUCAUAAGAAAGUCUGAUGCAGAAGAGAUGUUGACAAGAUAUGCUACGGGUACAUUUUUAUUAAGAUUUUCUGAUUCAGAACUAGGUGGGCUAACUGUUGCCUGGGCUGGAUCCAAUGAUUCAGAUGCCUAUAGUUUACAUCCUUUCUCAGCUAAAGAUUUAUCAAUUCGAAACUUGGCUGAUAGACUAUUGGACUUGCCAUAUCUUACAAAGUUAUAUCCUGAUAUUGAUAAAAACCAAGCAUUCGGAAAAUACUAUACACAACCACCAAAUAUUAGCACACCUGUUACAAGUAAUGGAUAUUUAAAGCCAUUACUAGUUACGCAUGUUCCUGGUUGGGGCGGACCUGGAACCAACGGACAAGGAAUGAAUAGCUAUCCAAACACUCCUCAGAAUCACAUGUUUCAUGUAAACAGCCCUGGAAAUUGUAGCAUUAGAGAAACGUCAUCAGUGCACAGUGAACCAGUAAAUAAUAUGAUGGCAUUUGGAAAUGAUUCCUUAGAAAUGGAUUUUUCUUCGAACUUAAAUGACAUAUCGCAUGUGGAUGAAGCGUUUUUUUAA